CGGGCGCGGCCCAUAUAAGUGGCGCGCGGCGGAAAGGGCGGGCCGGGGCGCGAGCAGCAGGGUCGGCUGGGCGCCCGGCGUCUGCGGCUCGGCGGACGAGGACCGGGCGGGGAGAGGGAGGAGACAGGAGGAGGAGGAGGCGCGAGUGCGGGGUGGCGCCGGUCCACCUCCGCAGCUCUCCUGGCUCCCGCCGGCUUUCGGAGGCGGGCCCGGGCUGCGGCAGCGGCCGCCUGGGGAGGUGAAGCCGGGCUGCUGCGGCCGCGGUCAGCCCCGCGGGGGCGGGCAGGUUUGGGCGGCCGCGGCGGGGCGGGGUCCUCGGGGGCGGCCGCUCGUGCAGCUCCCUGCAGGUCGGCCUCCGCGGAGGCCUUGCAGAAGUGGUCCCAGCUGGAAGGGUGGGUGGGGGGUGGGGUGACUGGUUGGUAGAAGGACCCCCCUGCGUGGGCCUCUUCGGAGACUAUUGGGGAUCAGCGAUGGCGAGCUCGGGGCGCUCUUAUUCGCUUGCUUUGGGGAUGCUCCUAAGGGGAGUGGGGUGGAUACCUCAGUUCCCAAGGGCCGCUGAUGAGGGCAGUGGGAGGCUCGUUAGAAUGAGCUCUUAAACCGGUUGGAUGUGAGUGGUUAUGGGUUGGUCUAAAUAGGACGGCUUGUACCCUGGGAGAGCCUGGCUGCUGAAGUUCCGUAGCGAUGGGCGCCUCGCAGGCCCCUGAGCGGGGAAAGGGAAAUCAGCAUUCCUGUUGCAAAAGCUGCUGGUUCACUUAGUGAGGGCCAUGAAAGAAUUGUUUGGGAUUUUCUUUUCAUGUUCAUGUUGGAAGUUGGGGCUGGUGGUGAGGGGUCAUGUAAAGAGUUUCGAGUGGCUGCCUUAAGAAAGCGGCUUCUUUGCGUGUCAUCCCUCGUUCAGGGCAGUUAUUCGGAAUGUGGUUUGCCCUCCUGGGAAGAGAGAGGAGCUCAGAAGCUAUUGCUGAUUAGCGGUUCUUCCUGACUAUGGGGAAAAUCGAACUUCUGGAAACAUCUUCCGUAUUGGCCAGUAUUGGCCAGUGCUUAGCAUUAAUUACCUUAAAGUAGUGAGAUGGGAGUGCAGAAUCUGGAGCUCACUUCUGUGGAAAAGAAUUUUAAGGGAGUGAGUCUAGACUUUCCUUGGGAAGUUGAUGCCUGGCUGUGCCCCUGUACUCCUAAUUUUAUACUUAACUUUUCCAUCCUCUUCAGCCUCAUCUGUUUCAAUGGUGCAACUCUCUUCAUCCCCUUUUGGUUACCAGUCACCUUCAGGCCGUUCAGAGAAGGGAAGAGAGGGGAAUAUGAAGUCGGCCAAGUCCCAAGUGAACCACACUCAGCACGGGGAAAGCCAGCGGGCCUUGAGCCCCCUGCAGCCUGCUCUCACUUCUGCUGCUUCUCCAACCCAAGCAUAUGAGACAUAUAUUGAUAAUGGGCUCAUAUGCCUUAAACACAAAAUUAGAAACAUUGAGAAAAAGAAGCUCAAACUGGAAGAUUAUAAGGAUCGCCUGAAAAGUGGAGAGCAGCUUAAUCCAGACCAAUUGGAAGCAGUAGAGAAAUACGAGGAAGUGCUACAUAAUUUGGAAUUUGCCAAGGAGCUUCAGAAAACCUUUUCUGGACUGAGCCUAGAUCUGCUAAAAGCGCAGAAGAAGGCCCAGAGAAGGGAGCACUUGCUAAAACUUGAGGCUGAGAAGAAAAAGCUUCGAACAAUACUUCAAGUUCAGUACGUAUUACAGAACUUGGCACAGGAGCAUGUACAAAAAGACUUCAAAGGGGGUUUGAAUGGUGCAGUGUUUUUGCCUUCAAAAGAACUUGACUACCUCAUUAAAUUUUCAAAACUGACCUGCCCUGAAAGGAAUGAAAGUCUCAGUGUUGAAGACCAGAUGGAGCAGUCAUCCUUGUACUUCUGGGACCUUUUGGAAGGUAGUGAGAAAGCAGUGGUAGGAACGACAUACAAACAUAUGAAAGAUCUGCUGUCUAAAUUGCUGAACUCAGGCUAUUUUGAAAGUAUUCCCAUUCCCAAAAAUGCCAAGGAAAAAGAAGUACCAUUGGAAGAAGAAAAGCUAAUACAAUCAGAGAAGAAAAAACAAUUAUCGAAGACUGAAUCUGUCAAAGAAUCAGAAAAAUUAGCCAGGCGUGGUAGCACUGUGCCUGUCGUCCCAGCCACUCAGGAGGCCGAGGUAGAAGGAUCACUUGAGCCCAGGAGUUUGAGGUUGCCAAGAGCUGUGACACCACGGCACUCUACCAGGGAGUCUCUCAUGGAACUUGCACAGCCAGAGAUACAACCACAAGAGUUUCUUAACAGACGCUAUAUGACGGAAGUAGAUUAUUCAGACAAACAAGAGGAAGAGCAAUGUUGGGAAGCAGAUUAUGCUAGAAAACCAAAUCUCCCUAAAUGUUGGGAUAUGCUUACUGAACCCGAGGGUCAGGAGAAGAAACAGGAAUCUUUCAAGUCCUGGGAGUCUCCUGUUAAGCACCAGGAGGUCACAAAGCCUGCGGUUUCCUUAGAACAGAGGAAACAAGAAAUUUCAAAACUCAGGUCUACUCUGCCAGAAGAGCAGAAGCAGCAGGAGGUCUCCAAAUCCAAGCCACCUCCUGGCCUGUGGAAGCAAGAAACACCUAAAUCCAAGGCGGGAUACGUUCAAGAGGAGCAGAAAAAGGAGACACCGAAGCCUUGGCCAGUUCAGUUGCAGAAAGAACAGGAUCCAAAGAAGCAAACUCCAAAGUCUUGGACGCCUGUGCAGAGUGAACAGAACAUCACCAAGUCGUGGACUCCACCCCUGUGUGAAGAGCAGGACUCAAAACAGCCAGAGAUGCCAAAAUCCUGGGAAAACAGCGUUGAGAGUCAGAAGCACCCUGGGACACCACAGUCACAGAUUCCUCCAAAGUCCUGGGGAGCAGCUCCAGCAAGCCUCAUACCAAACGAUCAGCUCCUGCCCAGGAAGUUUAAUGCUGAACCCAAAGAUGUGCCUAAGCCUACGCAUCAGCCUGUAGGUUCUUCCUCUACCCUUCCGAAGGAUCCAGUAUUGAGGAAAGAAAAACUACAGGAUCUGAUGACCCAGAUUCAAGGAACUUGUAACUUUAUGCAAGAGUCUAUUCUGGAUUUUGACAAACCUUCAAGUGCAAUUCCAUCGUCACAACCGCCUUCAGCUGUUCCAGGUAGCCCAGUAGCAUCUACAGAACAAAAUCUGUCCAGUCAAAGUGAUUUUCUUCAAGAGCCAUUACAGGCUGCGUCUUCUCCAGUUACUUGUAGCUCAAAUGCUUGCUUGGUUACUACUGAUCAGGCGUCUUCGGGAUCUGAAACCGAGUUAAUGACCUCAGAGACUGCUGAGGCAGCAAUUCCCCCAAGCAAGCAACCGUCUUCACUAGCUUCUCCAAAUCCUCCCAUGUCAAAGGGCUCUGACCAGGGCUUCCAGUCACCUCCAGCGAGUAGUAGCUCAGUAACCAUUAACACAGCGCCCUUUCAAGCCAUGCAGACAGUAUUUAAUGUUAACGCACCUCUGCCUCCACGGAAAGAACAAGAAAUAAAAGACUCCCCAUAUACACCUGGCUACAAUCAAAGUUUUACCACAGCAAGUACACAAACACCACCCCAGUGCCAACUGCCAGCUAUUCACGUAGAACAAACUGUCCUUUCCCAAGAGACGGCAAAUUUUCAUCCUGAUGGAACUAUUCAAGUAAGCAAUGGUAGCCUUGCCUUUUACCCAGCACAGACAAAUGUAUUUCCCAGACCUACACAGCCAUUUGUCAAUAGUCGGGGAGCUGUUAGAGGAUGUACUCGUGGUGGGAGAUUACUGACCAAUUCCUAUCGGUCCCCUGGUGGUUAUAAAGUGGAAAUUAUAGCCAGCUGCAGUUCCAAGCUAGAGAGUAUCCUGGAGCACCUUAUUCCCAAAGGGACAAUUUCCAGCAGUGUUACAAGCGAGGAGGGACAUCUGGUGGUCCAAGAGCAAAUUCAAGAGCUAACUACUUCAUUAUGAGAAACUCACUGUUGCUAAUAAAACAGCAGGGUGGAGUGAUUCUUCUCAGGUGAGCAGCCCAGAAAGAGACAACGAAACCUUUAACAGUGGUGACUCUGGACAAGGAGACUCCCGUAGCAUGACCCCCGUGGACGUGCCAGUGACAAAUCCAGCAGCCACCGUACUGCCAGUCCACGUCUACCCCCUGCCUCAGCAGAUGCGAGUUGCCUUCUCAGCAGCCAGAACCUCUAAUCUGGCCCCUGGAACUUUAGACCAACCUAUUGUGUUUGAUCUUCUUCUGAACAAUUUAGGAGAAACUUUUGAUCUUCAGCUUGGUAGAUUUAAUUGCCCAGUGAACGGCACUUACGUUUUCAUUUUUCACAUGCUAAAGCUGGCUGUGAAUGUGCCACUGUAUGUCAACCUCAUGAAGAAUGAAGAAGUCUUGGUGUCAGCCUACGCCAAUGAUGGUGCUCCAGACCAUGAAACCGCUAGCAAUCAUGCAAUUCUUCAGCUCUUCCAGGGAGACCAGAUAUGGUUACGUUUGCACAGAGGAGCAAUUUAUGGAAGUAGUUGGAAGUAUUCUACAUUUUCAGGCUAUCUUCUUUAUCAAGAUUGAAAGUCAGUACAGAAUUGACGCUCAAAGGAUAGUGUUCUAAUUAGUGGGAUUAAAGGAAAAGUAGUCCUUGCCCUGGGGACUGAUUGGUUUAGGAAAAUAUUUUCAUUCCUAGAGGAAGGAGGAGGUCCUUACUUUUUUGUUUUCCUCCCCAAGGUGAAAAAUUUCAAGCUGAAUGACAAUUAGCACUAAUCUGGCACUUUAUAAAUUGUGAUGUAGCCUUGCUAGUCAAGCUGUGAAUGUAUAUUGUUUGCACUUAAUCCUUAACUGUAUUAACGUUCAGCUUACUAAACUGACUGCCUCAAGUUCAGGCAAGUUAUGAUGCCUUGUUGUGCCUCAAUAAAAAAGUUACAUGCA